ACCGCAGAAUCAGAAGAAAUCUUUAAAUUCCACUAAACUGCGCUUCAAAGCACAACUAAAUUGCUACGCCGCCACACACACAGCAGGGCCGAAUGAAACUGGCAUGAAUUCGAACAUUGGCCAAGAGAACAACAACUACAAAGCUGCUGCCACCACCAACACUAUCACCUUCCGAUUGGAAGAAGGUGGGGCAGAACAGUCGCUACGAAAUAUGUCAGAGAAAAUUGUGAUUCAGUCAGAGAGCGAGAGAGCAAAAUUUUAUCGAAUUGUCGAAAAAGGCGCAUGCCCCAUUUGAACGACGAUUGGUCGACGAAGACGCCAUUUACAAAACUUCAACCAAAGUGCACAAGCACCCACACGCACACACUUAGUAUAUUUACAAGCCAGUCACUCUCGCAAUGUAUUAAGGAUCCCCACAUAAGUCUCUUAUGCACGGAGAGAGUUAUUGGCAGAUUUCUCUGUGGUGCAAGUGCAUAGCGACGGCCAUCCAAACAAAACAAAUGCAUUUGUGUUUAAACGGGACAACACUAGAAUAACCAUGAAACAACAACAACACUUGCUAGUGAAUAAUUCAAAUAAAACCGUCUCCCUGCCUACACCACUUCCCGGGGGCAAAAACUACGCGAAACCAGCAAAACUGGUUGUUAUUACCAUGGGUGAAACAGAUAUAUUAACCCGGACCACAUACACUGGCAACAAGAAAGAGUAAGCAAUAACAAUGUUCGAAAAAAGGUGGUAACCCACCACUAACAACUCUCGCUCUCUAGCCGUCUCUCACACACAUGUGUAUCUGCGUGUGUUUAUCUUUCCAACUGAUUUGUCGUUUUCGUCUACCCAGGGGAAAGACGAAACAGCACAACAAGAACAAGCAACCACAGCAGCAGGGCAGCGCGCAUCGAUAUGCCUGACGACUGCUACACCACCACCAAUCUGUGUGGAUACACACCGCACAUUGUGCCAGGCCGGUUUAGUUGAACGUGAGACUUUGCUGCGCGCUAACGUUACUCAGAGUCAGUGCUGGCCUAUAGCCUGUAGAACGCUAAAAUUCGGAAAUAAUUCGUCAGUGCGACACACACAUACGCCCCAAACGAGCCCUGCGCUAAAGUUUAACCGUCAAAACAUCCGCAAAACGCGCGUUUCACUGCACACCGCCACCAACUACAUUCCCAUGUGGAUUCACACUAAAAGAAAGAAAACACCAACAAAAAAUUUAAGAAUUUUCAUUUAUGUUCUGUUCCGUUGAUGUGGUUUUAUGUGGCAGGUAUGCAAAGUGACAGCUGUCAAAAGUUUGGUGAAAAAUUAAUGCAAACAAAAUAAAGAAAACAAAUCGCACCAAAACGUGUAAAAAUAAUUUAAAAAUAAACAAAAAAAUCUAAGUAAAUCAUUUCCCCCUCCCUUUAAAACACAACUAUUGUGAGUGCCUUAGAAAAAAAAAACAAAAAUUAUUCACCAAAAAUUGAGUUCAAUAAGAAAAGAAAAAAAUAAACAACACAAUUGCUCAAAAAUUCGAUUAAAUCUCAAAUAUUAGUGAAACUAGAAAAUUUAUAAGCAAGUUUAAACAAACAUUGUCAAAAAAAAAAAUAAUCAAUUGCUGGAAAAAAGAAAUCAGCACCGCCAGAACCUUCAUAAAUAGUGGGAAAAAUUCCUAAUUUUCAUUUUGAAAACGCUCGUCUUAAACAUAAUAUAUGGUAAUGGCAGAGAUUGGUGGCCAUUUGGCUCACCAGCUUCCCUUGCACAAUCACAAUCAAACUGGAUUACAACCGUCGCUGGUGAUGAACCAUCACCUGGACUUGGAUUGUCAUGGACAUGAUGUGAUAAAAAAACAAAGGCUAUCGUUAUGCGUGGGUUGUGGUGGGCAAAUUCAUGAUCAAUAUAUCCUGCGAGUGGCACCCGACUUAGAAUGGCAUGCAGCGUGUCUGAAAUGCCAGGAAUGUCGACAAUUCCUUGACGAAAGUUGUACAUGUUUUGUGCGUGAUGGCAAAACCUAUUGCAAACGCGACUAUGUGCGAUUAUUCGGUACCAAAUGUGAUAAAUGCGGUAAUUCCUUUAGUAAAAGCGAUUUUGUGAUGCGUGCAAAAACGAAAAUAUUUCACAUAGAAUGUUUUCGUUGCUCAGCCUGUGCGCGACAAUUACUGCCUGGUGAUGAAUUUGCGUUACGGGAUGGUGGUAUUCUGUAUUGCAAAGAUGAUCAUGAUGUUCUAGAAAAAUCCUCCCAAAGCAGUUUGACAUCAUCCUCACUGGAGAGCAAUAAUAAUAAUAGCUGUAGUAAUAAUAACAAUCAUUCAAGUCUUAGCAAUAAUAAUAAUCAUUCCAGCGAAUUGGGUUCAAUGUCAGAUUCUGGCAGCGAAUCCGGCUCACAUAAAAGUAUUAGGGAAAAGAGACCUUCGGGACCAUCGGAUGGAAAGCCAACGAGAGUAAGAACGGUGCUCAAUGAAAAGCAAUUACACACAUUAAGAACCUGCUAUAAUGCUAAUCCGCGACCUGAUGCGCUCAUGAAAGAGCAACUUGUGGAGAUGACUGGCCUAUCACCACGCGUUAUACGAGUAUGGUUUCAAAACAAACGAUGCAAAGAUAAAAAGAAAACCAUACAAAUGAAAUUACAAAUGCAACAGGAAAAGGAGGGUCGUAAAUUGGGCUACGGUGCUAUGCAGGGUAUUCCUAUGAUUGCCAGCUCACCCGUGAGGCACGAUUCACCUCUCAACCUGCAGGGUAUCGAUGUUCAGACAUAUCAGCCACCAUGGAAAGCUCUGUCCGAUUUUGCCCUGCACGCGGAUCUCGAUAGUAAUGGUGCCAUUAAUACCCAUACACCAGCAUUUCAACAACUAGUCAAUCAGAUGCAUGGCUACGAUCUUAAUGGUAUGCCGCCACUACAACCCCAUCAACAAGGACCACAUCCGCAAAUUCCGGGCCAACAAAUGAACGGUCCGCCCGGUGGCAGUAUGGACUCUGGAAUUACCUCACACCAUCAUCCGGACAGUACUGAUUCCUAUGUCACCUAUCUGGAGAGCGAUGAUAAAAAACUAACGUUGACGCCAUCCUCAACAACAUCUUCCUGCUCCUCCGCAUCCUAUUCGAUUGCCGCCACCCCCACCAACACCGGUGGCCCUUCAAAUGCCCCUCUACAAUACAGUAGUACACCAGGACCAUCAGCGUCAUCAUCGGCCACCACCUCAAUCUCAUCACCACCUUCCUCGGCCAUGGGCGGUUGCAAUACGGGCUUGCAAAUGACUUCUGCCACGGAACAUUUGAUGCAGAUGCUGCAGAAGGUUACAGGCUCCAGUAAGGAGUCGUCAGUGCGGUCGUGCCCAAUGGGUGUUUUGUGAAAUCUCAGCAUUUUAGCGAGUGAGAUGCCCCACCGUGAAACUUUCUAAUCGGAACAGUUGCUGCAAUACAACAAUUUUAAAAAUGUUGCCCACAAAAUGAGAUAAGGAUGAUCUUUAGUCAAAUUGUACUAAAGACUUGUUAAGGACAUUUGGCAUUAGACUUGAGCGAUACGUUUUUUUUUUUUU